AUGGCUCCAGAUGCAUUAAAUGCUAACAAAAUGAAUUUGAAUCCUGAGGCCAUAGUAGUAAAGUUGGGCAGACCUACUGUUGUAGCUGAAGAAAGCGCGAACAAACCGGAGAUGCCGAUGGAAAGAGAUUUGGGUUGUGGAGACUCAAGAAAGAGAGAUCACAACGCCAAAGAUUGUUCAAGGAAGGACAAGUUUUCCCAAGAAUCACCACGGAUGGAUAAAGUGCAAUUCGGAGAGGAUGAAGGAGAGAUGAGACAAAUAACAAUGACCCUGGAAGGAGAGCGCAUUAAUGAAGAGAUGCCAUCAGAAUUACCAGACGAAGCCUCAAGACCCACCUGCGACGAAACUCUAAUGGCAAUUAAUGAUGAAACGCCAAGAAAAGAAGACAAAAUAUCAAAGGCAACCGACCAUCCAAGAGAUACAGUGGAGGAAUGUUUCGAAUCAGUGCCAAAUCACAAGAAUACGGAAGUCAAAAGGCAUAGUGAAAGCAAAGACAAGCUAAAUAAUGACCAGUCGACAUCCAGAGAAAUCAGAAGAACAAAAAUACCAAUCAAUGAAGAAUGGCAGAGAGAACGACUGACCAUUACGGAUUAUCGAGACCAAGGAGAAGGACUCAAUAUGAAUAUUGGAAGAAAAAAACACAAGCACAUGAUGGGAGAACAAUGGAUAAGGGAUAAUAAAACCAUGAUAACGUAUCUGAUAGAGGAUGCACCUAUGACAACACCAAU